CAAGCGAAAAUAUCCCUAAAGUGAAGGCAAACUUGAAGGAGAAGGACAUAACCUAAUUCAAGUCUGUCAUACGAGGUGUGUUUUUGCUACAGGAAAUUAAAUUCUAAACCGUAUUUUAUAUUUAAUAAUAACAGUGUUUUAAAUUAUCAUAAAUGUAAUUAGCGAUCUGGUAACGAGGGAGAAUGGCAGGUGUUUUUGAUUUGGAAUUGCACGACGUUGAAGCUGUUGAGGUUGAUGAUUCAGACGACGAUGAUGUUAUUGAAAUUCAAGAGGGUGGAUACGAUCAAAACCCCAAUGUAAAUGAAAUCAUUGAGACUGACGACGUGGAGACAGUACAAUUAACUGAACAAAAUGUGAAUCCCGGCCAAGAUAAAGCCGGCCCACAGGAUUUCGAACUACUUAAAGUAUUGGGAAAGGGCGGAUAUGGCAAGGUUUUUCAAGUUCGCAAAGUGAACGGAACCGAUGCUGGCACAAUAUUUGCUAUGAAAGUGCUGCGCAAGGCUUCCAUCGUUAGAAAUCAAAAAGACACGGCGCACACUAAGGCUGAACGAAAUAUUUUAGAAGAAGUCAAACACCCGUUUAUAGUCGACUUAAAAUACGCAUUUCAAACGGGCGGUAAACUUUAUUUAAUUUUGGAGUAUUUAAGCGGCGGCGAGUUAUUUAUGCAUUUAGAGCGGGAAGGUAUUUUUUUGGAGGAUACUGCUUGCUUUUAUUUGGCAGAAAUAAUACUAGCUUUAGAACAUUUGCAUAUGCAAGGAAUUAUAUAUAGGGAUCUUAAGCCAGAAAAUAUACUAUUAGACGCUCAAGGUCAUGUGAAACUAACAGAUUUCGGCUUGUGUAAGGAGCAUAUUCAAGAAGGCAUCGUUACUCAUACAUUUUGUGGUACUAUAGAAUACAUGUAAGUAUUUAAGGCAUCCUGGAUGUC